AGGACGUGCGACGUUGGACCCGUUUGCCGGAGCAGAAAUACUUCAUUAUGUUUCGGGGAGAAGUUUGGGCAUUGUUCUCUUAACCACCCGUGGGAAAUUAAAGCCAAGUCGAGAGACGGGCAGGUUCUCGCUUGUACGACUCGCAAAGACACGAAACUGGCACCUCCACUUCCUGUCACCAUGCCCGCUCUUCUGGAGAGACCUAAGCUGUCCAACGCGAUGGCAAGGGCCCUCCAUAAGCAUAUCAUGAGAGAGAGGGAGCGCAAGAGGCAAGAGGAGGAAGAGGUGGACAAAAUGAUGGAGCAGAAGAUGAAGGAGGAGGAAGAGAGGAAGCGGACAAAAGAAAUAGAGGAGAGGAUGUCUUUGGAGGAAACCAAAGAACAGGUGAUGAAGAUGGGGGAGAAAUUGCAGGGCCUACAGGAGGAAAAACACCAGCUCUUCUUGCAACUCAAGAAAGUCCUGCACGAAGAGGAAAAGAGGCGAAGGAAGGAACAGAGUGAUAUCACAACACUUACGUCAGCUAGCUAUCAACAGAGUCUACCCAUGCAUGCAGGACAACACCUCCUCAACAUCCAAGGCAGUCCGGUCAGCCACAGCAGACCUGGUGCUUUGCUCGGGGAACGCAGUAAACAGCUUUUUCAAACCCCUGUCAUCCCGGGGAGACACUACCAGACGCAGCCUGGGUUCAGCACAGGCUCGGCCGAGCAUGGUCAGUUCAGUGGUGGCCAGGGGGUUCAUGAGCCUUACGGGGUGGCCCAGGCCCAACAUCCCUCCACCUACGCCCCUGGACCCUCCGUACCUGUCAGCUUUGCAAGCAGUUCUCAGAUCAGAGGUGCUUCUGCCUUUCAAGCCAUGCAGUAUCUUCCCCACCAGCAGCCCGGCUACCCAGUGCACAGCCACUUCACCUCCCAAUCUGGAUUCAUCCCCGGGGCAGGAAUACCCCUUCAGAAGCAGCUGGAACAUGCCAACCAACAGUCAGGCUUUACUGAUGCGGGUGCUUUGAGACCAAUGCAUCCUCAAGCCCUCCAUGCCUCCGCUGCAGGCCUGCUCCCUUCACCAUCAAUGGCAGUCCAGAUCCCCACCGCCAAGGCCUCAUUCCAGAACUCCCCACAAGCCGCUCCUCGCCACACCUUCCUCCCACAUGCCCAAAGUGGACAGAGAUUCUAUCAUCAUGGUCCAGUGCAUCUUGUUUUCCCCUGAAACAGAAUUGGACGGAGAGGGAAAGAAAAGGGAAAGAAGUCAGUAGAAACCAGAGAGGAAGAGACAUCUGUAGAGGAGAAAAGGGGAAGAAAGGAGCCUUUUUUUGUAUGUUUUAAGCAUGUCAGCACACAAUCAUUCAUGUUAAAAAAAAAAAUCAAUCGAUAUUAAAACUUUUCUGGGAUAAACACUUCACACCCAACAACUCAAUACUUUUGUGAACACUUUAUUCUACAGCCAGCAGUACGCAUGACAAAAUAAGGUAAAGCUUGACUUGACGCUUCAGUAACUAUUUUAACACUGCAGUUUCUUGGCAAGUUGCCAGAUAAGAAAUAAGCAAUCUUAACGUUAGUAUGCAUUAUUGUAAUGUAGGUCAGGCUGUAAAAUGAAGUGCUGCCCACAUUUCAACAGCGCAGGAAAAAAAACAGUGCAAAAAUGCAACAUAUAGACUCAUAAACACUUACGACUGUAAAUAUAAAAACUCUAAUAUGAUGUCCAUAACCGUAAUGUUAACAUCGAAACACAACUGCAUAAAGAGGUAGGCACAUCCAUUUCUACAGUUUCGGUACACAUCAAGCUGCUGGAGUUCAAAGACAUAGACACUGCUAAAAUUGAAUGCUUACAAUAAUUUUUGUUGCAAUGCAAUAAUGCAAAUGCAAAAAAAAAAAAUCAUGGAUGUAACAAAUGUGCAAUACUGUAAAUUCAAAAAACAAAAAUAAGGCCUAUUUAACAUUUUACGGUACAUUAAUAAAAACUAACCUAGAUGGGUUUAAGACCAAACCCUUUGUGAUGGUCUUGACUCUUGAAAUGGAUUUGCCUUCCCCUUAAAGUGCUGAUAAAACAACUUGCACAUACAUGAACACACACACACACUGCACUGGCGUAGCACAUUUUGGUAUCUAGUAGUGUAACACACACGAACACAAGAACAAUUAAACACACAACCAUUCCUCUUCAGGCGGGCUUGAGUCAGGCGGCUGGUGGCGAUAGAACUGGGUUGGGAAACAGCUGUGGUUCUG